AUAUAUUUAAAUGCAACAGUACAAUCUAAUUUCUCACAGAAUUCACUUCAAAUCAAAUUUAAUUAAAACCAAAUAAUAAGUGAAAAAAAAAACAGUUUAAAUAAAGCCAAAAAAAAUUACAGUGCCAAAAAAAAAUCGCAAUUGAUAUCAACAAAACCACCCACCAUGCUGGACAGAUUACCGAUUGCACCGAAACUGUUAACCUUAAACAAAGAGAGACCAAUACUUCAAUUCGAAAAAGAAAUAGGCUUUGCCAAGGUCGAUCAUGUGGAUGAUACCGAAGUGGAUCGCAUUGCCCAAUGCAUUGCUGGCCGGGCAAUAUUUUUAACCGGUGCCACAGGAUAUUUGGGGAAAGCUCUAGUCGAAAAAUUGCUAAGAUCAUGCAGUGAUUUGAAAAAAAUCUAUCUUCUAAUGCGACCCAAAAAGGGCAAAUCUCCGGAGGAACGUCUCAAAGAGUUGGUGGACAGUGUGUUAUUCGAUAAAGUUAGGGAACAGCAUAGCUUGGAUUGGGUAAUAAGCAAGGUCAAACUUAUAGCCGGCGAUGUUAUGGAACCCCAGCUGGGAAUAUCUCCAGAAGAUAUUGAAAUCUUAAGGAAUGAAGUCUCCAUUGUGGUGCAUUGUGCGGCAACAGUGAGAUUUGAUGAGGCCCUGCGCAACGCCGUCUUUCUUAAUGUACGCGGAACUAGAUAUAUGCUGGACUUAGCUAGUACAUUUAAAAAUUUAAAUGUAUUUUGGUAUGUCUCCACCACGUAUUGUCAUGUCCACAUAGAUAAUCUUUACGAGAAACCCUAUGAUCCACCUGCAGAUCCGCACAGUAUAAUAAAAAUGUGCGAGAUGUUGAGUGACAAAGAUGUAGCGGAUGCCGAAAAAUGUAUAAUGGGAAACAUUCCAAAUUCGUAUUCAUAUACAAAAUCCUUGGCUGAGGCCUUGGUGGUGGAGAGAUUUGGUAAAAUGCCGGCGGGCAUAAUUCGACCAUCGAUUGUAAUACCCCCACUUCGUGAGCCAAUUCGAGGUUACACUGACAAUAUGAACGGUCCCAUUGGUAUCUUACUUGGUGCCGCAAAAGGCGUCAUACGCACAAUGUAUAUUCGAGAAGAGGGCUAUGGUGAUAUGGUACCACUCGAUUUUGCUGUAAGUGGAAUUAUAGCAUCCACAUGGCGAUAUCUGACGACAGACGUUGAGCCCAUGGAAAUGCCCAUUGUCCAUCUGUCAUGUGCAAAAGAUAUGAAAAUAACAUGGAGGGAGCUAAUUGAAGUUGGUCGUUGGGUUGUUGACAAGAAGGUGCCGGUUAAUGGCGUAGUCUGGUAUCCGGGUGGUUCAAUAAAGUCUAAUAUAAUACUUCAUUGGAUAUCGAUGAUAUUGUUCCAUUGGCUGCCAGCAUUACUCUUGGAUACCUUGCUGGUACUAUUCCGCCAGAAACCCGUUUUAAUUCGUGUUCAAAAGCGCAUCACCAAAGGCUUAACUGUGAUCGGCUACUAUGCCAAUGGAACAUGGAAUUUUGAUAAUUCAAAUGUUAUCGGGAUGCGUAAGCUUAUGAACAACAGAGAACGUUUGACAUAUCCCAUCGAGGUGUUCGAAUUUGAUCCAACUGAUUAUUUCGCCGAUUGUUUGAUGUGUGCUCGCCGUAUUAUUCUCAAACAGACAGAUGAUACCUUACCAGCAGCUAAAAGGCACUUGAGAAUUAUGUGGUGCCUGGAUAAACUUGUCAAAGGUCUUUUCCUAUUCGGCUUUUGUUAUUACAUAUAUCAACAUCUGUUUGCCGAUUUCAUGAACGGAUUCUCCGGUCAUUACGCUGGAUAUAAAGAGACCAAAUCCCUGAUUACAAGCAAUGUCUCCAAUUUGACAACACCGGAAUGGAAUCAAACCCACAUUGGAGGGAUACUUGAUGAUCAAAACUCCCCACCAUGCUGGACAAAUUGCCGAUUGCUCCAAAAAUUUUGACCUUU